GCCAAGCAACGCCUUCCUGUACGCAGCAGGCAAAGAGCUGGGUGGGAGGGAAAAAAUAGAGUUGAGAUAACAAUGUGAUUACUUCGUAUGGAGGGAUUUUGUAUUUAAUAUAAGUAUUUUAACGAAUACUGAAACAGACGUUUUUUGCUGACGGGACAAUGGCCAUUUCAAUGGAAACUCAGCUCCAGAGCAUAUUUGAGGAGGUUGUGAAAACAGAGAUCAUAGAGGAAGCCUUUGCUGGCUUGUUCAUGGACACACCUGAAGAUGAAAGAACAAAGCUGAUCAGUUGUCUUGGAGCAUUUCGGCAGUACUGGAGCACUCUUCCUCAGGAAUCCCAUGACCAGUGUGUGCAAUGGAUAGUUAGAUUCAUUCAUGGCCAGCAUAGUCCGAAAAGAAUAUCCUUCCUUUACGACUGCCUGGCAAUGGCUGUGGAAACGGGCCUCUUGCCACCAAGGAUGGUGUGUGAGGCUCUGAUCAACUCUGACAAUCUGGAGUGGGAAAGAACACAGCUGUGGGCCUUGACAUUUAGACUAAUUCGGAAAAUAAUUGGUGGUGUUGAUUAUAAGGGGGUUCGUGAUCUCUUAAAAGCCUUGUUGGAGAAGAUUCAUUCUAUUCCCAACACGGUGAGCUCUGCUGUUGUGCAGCAGCUCCUAGCAGCUCGAGAAGUUGUUGAGUACAUCCUGGAUAGAAAUGCCUGUCUUUUGCCAGCCUAUUUCGCUAUUACAGAGAUCAGAAAACUCUAUCCUGAAGGAAAGCUGUCACAUUGGUUGCUGGGAAGCCUUAUAUCUGAUUUUGUUGACAGCUUUAGAGCAACUGCAAGAAUUAACUCAAUUUGCGGGAGAUGUAGUCUAUUACCUGUGGUAAACAACUCUGGUGCAAUCUGUAAUUCAUGGAAAUUAGAUCCAGCGACUCUUCGUUUCCCACUGAAAGGGCUUCUGCCUUAUGAUAAGGAUCUCUUUGAGCCACAAACGGGUUUGUUAAGAUAUGUGCUGGAACAGCCAUAUUCAAGAGAUAUGGUCUGCAACAUGCUAGGUCUUAACAAGCAGACCUUGAACAUUGCUCAGCACAAACAGCGCUGCCCAGUGCUUGAGGACCAGCUGGUUGACCUGGUGGUGUACGCUAUGGAGCGCUCGGAAACAGAGGAGCAGUUUGACGACGGAGGAACCAGCCAACUGCUCUGGCAACACCUCUCCAGCCAGCUCAUCUUCUUUGUGCUCUUUCAGUUCGCCAGCUUUCCACACAUGGUGCUGUCCCUCCAUCAAAAGUUGGCUGGUCGAGGUCUCAUUAAAGGCAGGGACCACCUGAUGUGGGUGCUUCUGCAGUUUAUUUCUGGCAGCAUCCAGAAGAAUGCACUGGCAGACUUCCUUCCUGUCAUGAAACUUUUUGAUCUUUUAUACCCAGAGAAAGAGUGCAUUCCAGUGCCUGACAUUAACAAGCCCCAGUCCACACAUGCCUUUGCUAUGACUUGUAUCUGGAUCCAUCUCAAUAGGAAAGCCCAGAAUGACAACUCCAAACUUCAGAUACCAAUUCCUCACUCUCUUAAGCUUCACCACGAGUUUUUGCAGCAAAGUCUCAGAAAUAAGAGCCUUCAGAUGACAGACUACAAGAUUGCUCUGCUGUGUAACGCGUACUCCACUAACUCUGAGUGCUUCACAUUGCCUAUGGGGGUUCUGGUAGAAACCAUCUAUGGGAAUGGCAACAUGAGGAUCCCUCUUCCUGGGACAAGCUGCAUGGCAUCUGGAUCAGUUUCCCCUCUGCCAAUGAACCUGCUAGAUUCACUGACCGUGCAUGCCAAAAUGAGCCUUAUACACAGUAUAGCCACACGAGUCAUCAAAUUAGCCCAUGCUAAGUCCAGCAUUGCCCUGGCUCCUGCACUGGUGGAAACAUACAGCCGGCUGUUGGUUUACAUGGAAAUUGAAUCUCUGGGGAUCAAAGGUUUUAUUAGCCAGCUACUUCCCAAUGUGUUCAAGUCCCAUGCCUGGGGCAUCCUGCACACACUGCUUGAGAUGUUCAGUUAUCGCAUGCACCACAUCCAGCCCCACUACAGAGUCCAGCUCCUCAGCCAUCUUCAUUCUCUUGCUGCUGUUCCACAAACAAACCAAAACCAGCUGCAUCUUUGUGUGGAGAGCACAGCUCUGAGGUUGAUCACUGCCCUUGGAAGCUCAGAGGUCCAGCCACAGUUCACACGUUUCCUCAGUGAUCCUAAAACUGUGCUUUCAGCAGAGUCUGAGGAACUCAACCGAGCUCUGAUUCUCACACUGGCUAGAGCAACACAUGUAACAGAUUUCUUUACAGGCUCUGAUUCAAUACAAGGAACUUGGUGUAAGGAUAUAUUGCAGACUAUCAUGAGCUUUACUCCCCACAACUGGGCUUCACACACUUUGAGUUGCUUCCCAGCUCCACUGCAGGCUUUCUUCAGACAGAACAACGUCCCUCAGGAGAGCCGCUUUAACCUGAAGAAGAAUGUGGAGGAGGAAUACAGGAAGUGGAAAUCGAUGGCCAUUGAGAAUGACAUUAUCACUCAUUUCUCCAUGCAAGGCUCCCCUCCUCUCUUUCUCUGCCUGCUCUGGAAGAUGCUGCUCGAGACAGAUCACAUUAACCAGAUUGGUUACAGGGUACUGGAGAGGAUUGGGGCUCGGGCUUUGGUGGCUCACGUCCGGACAUUCGCUGACUUCCUUGUGUAUGAGUUCUCCACUUCGGCUGGAGGCCAGCAGCUGAAUAAAUGUAUUGAGAUACUCAAUGACAUGGUCUGGAAAUACAAUAUCGUUACAUUAGACAGACUCAUUUUGUGUUUGGCAAUGAGAAGCCAUGAAGGGAAUGAAGCCCAAGUUUGCUACUUCAUCAUCCAGCUGCUAUUACUGAAGCCCAAUGACUUCAGGAACCGAGUGAGUGACUUUGUGAAGGAAAACUUCCCAGAACACUGGAUGCAGAAUGACUGGCAUACUAAACACAUGAACUAUCACAAGAAAUAUCCUGAGAAACUAUAUUUUGAAGGCCUAGCAGAACAGGUGAGCCCACCGUUGCAGAUCGAGCCUCAGUACCUUCCCAUUUACUUUGGAAACGUCUGUCUUCGCUUCCUGCCUGUGUUCGACAUCGUCAUCCACCGGUUCCUGGAGCUCCUUCCGGUGUCCAAGUCCUUGGAGACACUCCUGGAUCAUUUGGGUGGCUUAUAUAAAUUUCACGACCGUCCUGUGACAUACCUCUAUAACACUCUGCACUACUACGAGAAACAUCUUCGUGAUCGGACCAACUUGAAGCGCAAGCUUGUGCAUGCCAUCAUCAGCUCACUGAAGGAAAACCGUACACAAGGCUGGUGCCUCAGUGAGACGUACCUAAAAUGUGCAAUGAAUGCACGCGAGGACAACCCAUGGAUUCCUGAUGACACCUACUACUGCAAGCUCAUUGGCCGAUUAGUGGAUACAAUGGCUGGAAAAUCUCCCGGCCCUUUCCCUAACUGCGACUGGAGGUUUAAUGAGUUUCCUAACCCUGCUGCGCAUGCUCUCCAUGUGACCUGUGUGGAGCUCAUGGCUUUAGCUGUGCCAGGAAAAGAUGUUGGAAAUGCACUUCUCAGUGUUGUGCUUAAGAGCCAACCUUUGGUACCCAGGGAGAACAUUACUGCAUGGAUGAAUGCAAUCGGACUUGUAAUCACUGCCUUACCUGAGCCUUAUUGGAUUGUUCUCCAUGAUCGCAUCGUGAACGUUGUCAACAGCCCUACUCUGACAACAGAAACUGAGUGGGUCGGGUACCCAUUUCAGCUGUUUGAUUUCACGGCCUGCCACCAGUCUUAUUCUGAGAUGUACUGUAGCUAUGUUCUAGCUUUGGCUCAUGCAGUAUGGCAUCAUUCAAGCAUAGGACAGCUUUCCCUCAUUCCAAAGUUUUUGUCGGAGGUGCUGAAACCAAUCGUGAAGACAGAGUUCCAGCUGCUGUAUGUGUACCACCUUGUGGGGCCAUUUCUACAGAGGUUUCAGCAGGAGAGGACAAGAUGUAUGCUAGAGAUAGGGGUGGCCUUUUAUGAGAUGCUCCAAAAUGUUGACCACUUCAGCAAACACUUGAACUACAUGGACCCCAUCUGUGAUUUUCUUUAUCAUGUGAAGUACAUGUUUACAGGAGACAGCGUCAAAGAGCAAGUGGAAAAAAUAAUUUGCAACCUGAGACCGGCAGUGAAGCUUCGUCUGCGGUUUAUAACCCACAUUAGCAAAAUGGAGCCAGCUGCUGCCCCUCAGCCAGCAAGUGUUGCGUCCUCAGGCCCCCAACCCCAUCCAGGGCCUGUUCAUGUCCCCCCACAGUAGUAAUCUGAAACAUUACAAUGAAAUGCAGAAGAAAUCAACAGUAGCUUGUAAAACACAGUAGUAUAGUGAACUUACCAUUCACACUUGCUGGAUUGUGUGUGUGUGUUUUUUUUUUUGUUUGUUUGUUUUUUUUAACUGCUACAAAAACGGACUGAAAUCUUUCUUUACCCAAGAAAAGACAUAAUUUGUACUUCAGCUAUUGACGGACAUAAAAAGCAUAUCUUGCUUGUCAAUCUGGUCUAAAUGUUAAUUAGACAAGGAUCUGUUUGUAUCAAAUGCAAUUGUAUGUGUGUAUAUAUAGCAAUCUUUCACUUUUUCAUUUGCAUAUGUGUGUUUUCAAACCUUAGUCCUAAAGGUACUGUUUUCUAAUUCAAGAUGAUUGCUUCUGUGAAAUUCAUAAAAGAAUGGUGGUAUAAUUAUACUUUUUUUUGGGGGGGGGGGGGGGGGGGGGGGGGUGAUAACCAAUGGUGACUAAAAGGAUAUGGUGCUAUUUGGUUAUUUAAAUGUGUGCAUAAUGUUUUUUUUUUUUUUUAAGAAAUGUCAGUGGAGAUUUAUUGUUGGAAAUAUUUUAGCUUAUUUGUUUAAUUUUCUGCUAACAGUAGGAUAAUGUGUGCCUUCAGACCAAUUAUUUUCCACUUUUGACAGUAGUGUAUCACAACUGGUUCUCUGUCUUUUUAAAAGGCUUUUUUCAGUUUAUUCCAAAAACUUGUUUUUGUCUGGAUAAUGCACCGAUGCAUCUCAAGUUAAAUAGAUUAAACACAAUUCCAGGAUACUCUAUAUAAACAUGCUUAAUGACAUGCACAUCCCCUCCUGUUGGAACAAUGGUAAUGCUAUUCACAUCUGUAGAGCACAACGAACUAUAUAGACAAGAAUGAAGGGAAACAAGUUUUUUGUUUUUGUAAAUAUAUAUUGAACAAAUUAAUAAUUUCCCUUUUUUUUUUUUUACAAAAAAAACUUCAGCUAGUUCCACUCAACAGUAUUGCAAUCUGAUUACAGUACAGUGAUACACAUGUUAUCUACAUAAUUAUUGCGGUUUGAUUAGAAUAGUGCCUUGUCCUUUUUACUGCUGGUUUAUUUUUGCUAGGUUCCAGAUGUUAAUCCAGCAAAUCUAGCCCAGAGCUGUCAGUCUCCAACUUUAAUACAGCAUUGCUCUCGUUUGAAUAAUACUGCCAGGUGAUGGUGUUCUAUACUGGUAUGAAUGGUACAGUAGUUGUGGUAAUCGUACUCUCUAUCUUGCACAACCUUUAAUAUGUUUUACUUUUAGCAGUUGUUUAAUGUUAGGUCUAUUAAGGGAAAUAUGGCUAUCAAAGAUUAAAUAAGAUUUACAAAGUUUAAAAAUCUAUUAAAUAAUAUACUUAGUGGAUUCAGUGUGAAGUAGAGGGCUACAUUAGUUUUAUGUACUGACUGUCAAACUAUGUUCUAACAUUGACAUUGAAAUCUUUGUUUCUAAUGAAGUGAUAUAAAAUGUUUUGUGGUUCA